AUGGAUCUCGGUGAAGCUGGAGCGACGCCAGUCAUCCUGGCCGACUGGCUGGAUCGCCUGUUGACUUGCUGGCACGAGAACCGUGUUGUUCUGUCAACUCUUCUUGGGCUCUGCGUUUUCGCGGUCAUCGUGCGACGCAGGCAUGCCCGCAAGAUUGCACAGCGCGACUCUCUGACCCUGCAGAAGGCAGAGUGGCCCGCACAGAAUGACGAUACCCAUGUCCAGGUGGCAAAGGAUGAAAGGGUUGAUGUUUCUUCACGGGACAGCUCUUCGCUCACAUCUGGCCAGGCUCGAAAACCUCGAACUGCAGCGGCUGCAGCCCGCGUUGUGACUGGCCGCAAGCCGGCAGGUUCGAGAGGAGGACAGGCGGUCCUGCAGAGACGACGAGAGUCUUCUCAGAUACAGCCACUGAUCUUCUUCUCGUCCUUGACUGGAACUACUGAACGGCUUUCGAAGCAGGUUGCGACAGAUCUCGAGGAAGUCUCUCUCGCUCAGCCCGCGAUUCUUAGGCCUCAAGUAUACGAUCUCUCAUAUGUUGAUCUCGACGACUACUUCAUUUCAGGACCAAAGACACCCGCGCCGAGUGCAGACGUCUCAUACUUUUACCUUCUUUUAAUACCUUCCUACGAUAUCGACACCAUCCUAAACACCUUCCUCGCGCAUCUAGACGAGACGCACAAUGACUUCCGCAUCGACACGGCACCGUUAUCUACAUUGGCAGGCUACACCAUAUUUGGUAUCGGUGACAAAGAAGGCUGGCCCUCUGAAGAGAAAGGAUUCUGCUCGCAAGCGGUAGAGGUCGACAAGUGGAUGGCCAAAUUGACUGGCAGGAAGAGGGCCUACCCAUUGGGACUUGGAGACGUGAAGAGCAAUGUCGAUAAGUCGCUGAAGGACUGGACGGGUGGCGUGUGCGGCGUUCUCAUGGAGGUGAGCAAGACAGGUGCGCUCGGUGAAGGAGUUCCUGGAAGCGGGGAACCUGUGGAAAGCGGUGACGAGGACGAGCCAGAACAAGGGGAUGAUGAAGAGGUUGAAUUCCCUGACUCUGGUCGCAACAAGAGACGGAAGCUUGCAAACACCACAGACCUCGAGGAUGUGGGUGGUAAGGCUAGCUCCUAUGCCGCUCCAUUGGCCGUUGACUUCACCACCUACAGCUCUCCGCCAUCGGCACCGGGGACGCUGAAGGCCAUGGUUCCCAAAGAAUCUCCGACUCACGCAGCUCUGACCAAGCAGGGGUACACCAUCGUGGGCACCCAUUCGGGGGUGAAAAUCUGCCGUUGGACCAAGUCCGCCCUUCGUGGCCGCGGAUCCUGCUACAAGAAUUCCUUCUACGGGAUUGCCUCCCAUCUGUGCAUGGAAACCACCCCGUCGCUGUCAUGCAGCAACAAAUGCGUCUUUUGCUGGAGGCACGGCACCAACCCGGUGUCGACGACCUGGCGCUGGCAGGUAGAUGACCCCCAGCUGAUCUUCGAGGGAGCGAAAGAAGGCCAUUACAAGAAAAUCAAAAUGAUGCGCGGCGUCCCCGGCGUCCGGGCCGAAAGGUUCGAAGAGGCGAUGCGCAUUCGACAUUGUGCUUUGAGCUUGGUGGGCGAGCCGAUCUUCUACCCACGCAUCAAUGAGUUCGUGGGACUCCUGCAUGGCGAGAAGAUAUCGAGUUUCCUCGUCUGCAACGCUCAGCAUCCGCAGCAGCUGCGUGACCUGCGCCGUGUCACGCAACUCUACGUUAGCAUCGACGCCAGCAAUAAAGACAGUCUGCGCAAGAUCGACCGACCUCUGCACCGGGAUUUUUGGGAACGGUUCAAUUCGUGCCUGGACAUUUUACGGGAGAAGCGUUUCGUACAACGCACCGUUUUCCGUCUGACACUGGUCAAGGGAUUCAACAUUGACGACGAGGUCGAAGGGUAUGCCCAUCUUGUGGCGAAGGGGCUACCCUGCUUCGUCGAGAUAAAGGGCGUCACAUACUGCGGUACCAGCUCUUCCGCCGGCGCCGGUCUGACGAUGCAGAACGUGCCAUUUUACGAGGAAGUGGUCGCGUUCGUCGAAGCCCUCGACCAAGCCCUCGCGAAGAGAGGUCUCGAGUACGGCAUCGCCGCCGAGCACGCACACAGCUGCUGCGUGCUGAUCGCGAGCAAGCGCUUCCUCAUCGACCAGAAGUGGCACACGCUCAUCGACUACGCCAAGUUUUUUGAUCUGCUGGAAAGCGGCAGGGACUUUGCGCCCGAGGACUAUUGCCGCGCCACGCCCGAGUGGGCGCUCUGGGGCAAUGGCGGGUUCGACCCCCGAGACGAGAGGGUGGAUAGGAAGGGGAGACCAAAGGACAAAAAGCCCGGGGACGACGUUGGUGCGGAUAAGAACGGAGCAAGAACAGGGGAGGCGAAAGUCGAGCUGGAGUUUUGA